AUGCUAAAGCGUUUAUUUUUAAUUACAAUUCUCGUUGUUGAAGUAAUAAAUGCGGAUGGUAAGACGGAGAUAUUCCGUAAUGUAAAAAAAGUAGUAAUACCAAACUUUCAGCGGGCCAAAAGGGGCACAAAUUCGGGUCCAAAGAUGAAAUCGCUGAUGUUGAGUAAGUUUCAAUUUCACCUAUGUAUGACUCUCAAGCGAAGAGUUCUUUGACGUAAAGUUUAUUGCUGAUAAGCUGGCAUACAGGCAAUUCAGGAGAAGCGAAAAGUAUGACGCUCAAUUUUAAUGAAACUUGGCACAAAUUUAAAACGCGUUUUGCCACACUUUGGGGCUUAGCCUAACAGGGGGCGGACAUUGUUAAAAUCGGUGUCUCAGAAUUUAACGAAACUUGGUCAAUCUAAUCAGCACUAGACAUAGAACAUUCGCUUUCUUUGUUUUUGCCCAAAAUUACCGUAUGACGGAUUACUGUAACUUUCUUCCCCAAAAAAGAUCUGCCCUGAUCGAGAAAACGAAGCUCAGUUUUAGUGCAAAUCGAGUUUAGGUGUAUGUUUUCGACCAUGUAGAACAUUUUUGUAAUUAUCACCAAAAACUAAAAAUUACAUCUAAGCUAUGUUACACUUGAGGCAACAUACCAUUUCGGGUGUAAAAAAUGCAGUUUUGAGGUGACGCAGAUUUUGAAACCGGAAUAUUAAACUUCAAGCCUUGUCUAAUAAACCAUAAAAAUUUCAGAAAAAUCAAAUGUAUAGUUUUUGAGAAAUUGGACAUUGAAUGACUCAUGUGCAAUAUCACCUUGACCCGAAAAAAAACUGGCAUUCUUGGGGUUUUGACCUGACGCAGAUUUUGAAAGUUUCCAAUACAUUUUUAUCACAUUUUAGGAGGAUAUGGAAAGUUUCAGAGGAAAAAAAUGUAUAGUUUUUGAGAAAUCGGCCAAAAUACCUUGUUUUAGGUCAUCAGAUGCCCGAAAAAAACUGGCAUUCUUGGGGUUUUGACCUGACGCAGAUUUUAAAAGUUUCCAAUACAUUUUUAUCACAUUAUAGGAGGAUUUGGAAAGUUUCAGAGGAAAAAAAUGUAUAGUUUUUGAGAAAUCGGCCGAAAUACCUUGUUUUAGGUCAUCAGAUGCCCGAAAAAAACUGGCAUUCUUGGGGUUUUGACCUGACGCAGAUUUUGAAAGUUUCCAAUACAUUUUUAUCACAUUAUAGGAGGAUUUGGAAAGUUUCAGAGGAAAAAAUGUAUAGUUUUUGAGAAAUCGGCCGAAAUACCUUGUUUUAGGUCAUCAGAUGCCCGAAAAAAACUGGCAUUCUUGGGGUUUUGACCUGACGCAGAUUUUGAAAGUUUCCAAUACAUUUUUAUCACAUUAUAGGAGGAUUUGGAAAGUUUCAGAGGAAAAAAAUAUAUAGUUUUUGAGAAAUCGGCCAAAAUACCUUGUUUUAGGUCAUCAGAUUCCCGAAAAAAACUGGCAUUCUUGGGGUUUUGACCUGACGCAGAUUUUAAAAGUUUCCAAUACAUUUUUAUCACAUUAUAGGAGGAUUUGGAAAGUUUCAGAGGAAAACAAUGAAUAGUUUUUGAGAUAUCGACCAAGGUGAACCUGUUAUAGGUCAAGUUGCUGGAAAAUUCGACCAAUUUUCUUCGGCAUCUCUUUUUUUCCGAGAUAUAUGCGUGUUACUGUUUUUUUCUCCAAAUUGUCACUAAUAAAUUCAAGCUCUCUGCAAAACUUUUGUCAAAUGUAAGCCGAUGGCUACGAUUCUGUGUUCUGAUGACCUAAAACAAGGUAUUUUGGCCGAUUUCUCAAAAACUAUACAUUUUUUUCCUCUGAAACUUUCCAAAUCCUCCUAUAAUGUGAUAAAAAUGUAUUGGAAACUUUCAAAAUCUGCGUCAGGUCAAAACCCCAAGAAUGCCAGUUUUUUUCGGGCAUCUGAUGACCUAAAACAAGGUAUUUCGGCCGAUUUCUCAAAAACUAUACAUUUUUUUCCUCUGAAACUUUCCAAAUCCUCCUAUAAUGUGAUAAAAAUGUAUUGGAAACUUUCAAAAUCUGCGUCAGGUCAAAACCCCAAGAAUGCCAGUUUUUUUCGGGCAUCUGAUGACCUAAAACAAGGUAUUUCGGCCGAUUUCUCAAAAACUAUACAUUUUUUUCCUCUGAAACUUUCCAAAUCCUCCUAUAAUGUGAUAAAAAUGUAUUGGAAACUUUUAAAAUCUGCGUCAGGUCAAAACCCCAAGAAUGCCAGUUUUUUCGGGCAUCUGAUGACCUAAAACAAGGUAUUUUGGCCGAUUUCUCAAAAACUACAUUUUUUUCCUCUGAAACUUUCCUAAUCCUCCUAUAAUGUGAUAAAAAUGUAUUGGAAACUUUUAAAAUCUGCGUCAGGUCAAAACCCCAAGAAUGCCAGUUUUUUUCGGGCAUCUGAUGACCUAAAACAAGGUAUUUUGGCCGAUUUCUCAAAAACUAUACAUUUUUUUCCUCUGAAACUUUCCAUAUCCUCCUAAAAUGUGAUAAAAAUGUAUUGGAAACUUUCAAAAUCUGCGUCAGGUCAAAACCCCAAGAAUGCCAGUUUUUUUCGGGUCAAGGUGAUAUUGCACAUGAGUCAUUCAAUGUCCAAUUUCUCAAAAACUAUACAUUUGAUUUUUCUGAAAUUUUUAUGGUUUAUUAGACAAGAAUUGAAGUUUAAUAUUCCGGUUUCAAAAUCUGCGUCACCUCAAAACUGCAUUUUUUACACCCGAAAUGGUAUGUUGCCUCAAGUGUAACAUAGCUUAGAUGUAAUUUUUAGUUUUUGGUGAUAAUUACAAAAAUGUUCUACAUGGUCGAAAACAUACACCUAAACUCGAUUUGCACUAAAACUGAGCUUCGUUUUCUCGAUCAGGGCACAUCUUUUUUGGGGAAGAAAGUUACAGUAAUCCGUCAUACGGUAAUUUUGGGCAAAAACAAAGAAAGCGAAUGUUCUAUGUCUAGUGCUGAUUAGAUUGACCAAGUUUCGUUAAAUUCUGAGACACCGAUUUUAACAAUGUCCGGGCCAAACUACGAUUUGUAAUAAAACGCGUUUUAACUUACAGGGGAAGUACUCCAAGUGCGACGCUCAGAUUUUCUUUAAAUUCUGCACACACGUAGGGCAUGGACUAAAUAUCAAUUCCUCAAAGUUUUAGCUCGCGCUUUGCGGGCGUCGCCGAGAUAUCGAACGAUUUUUGCCGCCGAGAGAGCACGCUAAACGUGGAGAGCGGUCAGGGAGAAAAGCGCUUUUUGGCAAUAACUUUGGCAGUUUCGCGCGGAAAAAAUUGAUUUUUUGUGGAAACAUUACCCUCUAUGAUAGAAAUAGGCAUGAAACUUUUCGUCCCGAAAUUCGGCAAAAAAUCCUAAAUUUUCGCCAACUUUCGAUCUAAAAAUCUUGGUUGUUUCCGCAAAGCGCGAGCUAGGAUUCUCGCAUACAUCUUAGAAAAAAAUGUUCUAAAUUUGUGCCACGUUUCAUCAAAAUCUAAGCGUCGCACUUGGAGUACUUUCCCUGUUAAUGUUUUCUAAAACCUAAUUCUAAAUUUUUCACAAAUUGAUAACCUUUUGUUAGCAUUACAUAUUGCUAACAAAAGAAAAACUUUAUUUAGGUAUAUAUUUAUUUAUAAUUACUUUUUUUCAGUCACAUAAAGCACCAUCUGGGCCAGCAGAUCGACAUGGAGAAUGAGAAAAUGUCGGAGGAGAAGCAGCGCUUCCAUUAUUUUAACAUGCACGAUCUAAACAAAGAUGGUUUCAUCGACGGAUUGGAGUUAAUGGGGGUAAAAUGUUCAUAUUUUUUGUUUACAUUACCUAUUAUUUUUAUUAUUUUUUCGUAAUUUUAGGCGAUUUUCCACAACGAUGACGAAGAUGGCACCGGAUUUGGGCGUGCCAUUCCGGACGAAGACAUCGAACGGAUGAUCGAUCCCGUCCUGGAAGAGAUGGAUGGCGAUAAGGACGGGCUAAUCGAUUUCCCCGAAUACUUUAAAGUCGCAAAUGGAUAA